AUGGCCUUUCACAAAUUUCCAGAUUGUCUACCGCCAGAGAAAAAUCUACCAAAGCACAAAAACGAGCAGAGAAAAUAUAUCGUAAAUGAAGCGAGAUUCAGACUCAAACAUGAGCGUCUGAGAACAAUUUCAAAGUAUACCGCCCGCCUCCAAGGAAUAUCUGCAAGUGUUCGGCUCGCCAAAGAAACGUUGAAAGCCGCAAAGGCAGACAAGUUAAAAGAAUUUAAUCGUGGUUUUGUUCAGAUAGAAAAUGUGGUGAACACGAUAAAAACCCUACUAAAGCACAAGAUCAACUCCGAGCUGUUUUCGCGUCAACGGGCAUAUUUUCUCGUUGGGUCACUUGAUCAGGAUUCUUCCGAUUUGAUUUUGGAGAAACUUAGAGAGAGGCUGGCGGAUGACCUGGAGGAGUUAAUCAAGUUAUCAAAGCGUGACAACGUCGUAGACGAGCACAAUCUGCAUGAUCUUUCGAACGAGUACCGUAAUACGGUCAUGUUAAUUUUAAACAGUGUCAGGGAGUUCAGCUUGGUAAACAAAGACUCCUUCACACGUGUCCUCAACACACCAGACACCCUUCAUAUGAUUGCAAGAUCAGAUCUGAGAACUGUGCUCAAUGAUGAAAUCAAGACAAAUUCAUUGGAACUUGAAUCAUUACAACCGCUGUGGAGGAGAUCUUUAGACGAGUUGAUUCAAGAAAUCACCUCAGGAGACUAUCACAAUUAUUACCUGGAAGAGAAAAUGAAGAUGACUAGAAUUGCUGAACAAAUGGUUAACUUGGAAAGUCUUUUUUAUCGUCUGCUGGCUCAUGACUGGUGGAAUUUGGACUUUAUGGGUGGUAUUGAGUUUGAUUUAAACUUCAAUGGAGUCCUUCAUGUAUAA